UCCUGUACACAAAAAGUUAUCAAACAAAACGUACUUACAUUAAAUUUUCGUAUAAAAAUAUUAAACUUUACAUUUAUCACUCAAGUUUUGUUAAUGUAACACUGUAUCAUUUUUGACACAUGCUUGAGACUAUUAUCCGUACUUUUCGUAAUACAUUUGAUGUAAACGUUGCUGUCGUUCAGUGUAAAGGCAAUAGAAUUAAAUAUUUGAUAUACUUUUCCUGUUUGCGUCUCAAAAAGUCAAGUACAUACAUUAUAAUAUUGUCUGAUUUCAGCUCUUAACCUUUCCUAGACAGUUGAUGUUUUCAUAAUAACAUAAUAAAAACUUGAUAUACAAUACACUGAAUCUGCAAUUAUAAAAAAGGAAAUGGCAGUAACCUUACGUUUGCUAUUCUACAAUGUGCACAGAGCACUUUAUUAUGCUAAUUCAAAACACAUCAGUUCCAAUUCGAAUGUGAAAGAAACAAAUAAAGAUGUAACGAAAGAUUGGAAAGUAGAAUUACAUAAUACUAUGAAAAUUCUUCCGGAUUUUAUAAGCGAGAAGGAGGAAGACAUUCUAGUAAAAGAGGUUGAUCCCUACAUGACACAAUUGCGUUACGAAUUUUCACACUGGGACGAUGCAAUACACGGUUAUAGAGAGACGGAAUGGAAAAAGAGUAGAUGGAGUAAAGAUAGUUCACAAAUACUUGAUAAAGUUCACAAGGAAGCUUUCCCAUCGGAAGUAAAGCGACUAGUGCUUGUGCAUAUAUUGGAUUUAGCACCUGAAGGAUGGAUAAAGCCACAUGUUGACAGCGUUAGGUUUUGUGGAGGUAUUAUUGCAGGACUAAGUUUGUUAAGUGAUAGCGUAAUGAGACUGGCAAUGGUGGGACAUGAGAAAGAAUGCACUGAAUGCUUUCUGCUACCAAGAAGAUCAUUAUAUAUUAUGACUGGUGCUGCAAGAUACAACUACAAUCAUGAAAUCCUCAAGUCUGAUGAAUCUUAUUUUAAGGAGCAACAUGUACCAAAGGGUAGACGUAUCUCUGUAAUAUGUAGAAGCGAACCUGACCCGCAAACCUAAUUGAAACUUAAUUAUAUAACUAAAUUGCCAAAAUAUAAAUAAAAAAAAUAUUUCUGUAAA